GUUGGCGCUCAACCCAGAAUUGUCAAAUGGCCAUAAGGAUUUCAACCAGAACCACAGUUCCCCGCUUCACAGAGAUAUUUACCGCCAAGAGAAACCCAACUUUCUCAAACCAAAGUUCCCAAUCCUUUUCAACAAACCCAAUAAAACCCAGAUUUUCCCAGCAAUCUCAAUACAGGAAACAGAUUUCCCUCGCCACUCUGCUCCAAAGGUAUGGCUUCCCAUCUUCUCUGCUUCAUAAUUUCCUGUCAAAGAAUCACUUUUUAUUGAAUUCCAACAUACAGGAAUUAGAGAAGUCUCUGGUUAUACUGUUAUCCUUCAAAAUACCCCAGAAUUCCCUUGUUUCUUUGAUAUGUGAGUGUCCUGGGGUUUUGGACUUUCAGUUCCUCAAGAAAUGGGAAAUGGGCUUGUCAAAUUUUGUGCUUUUGAGUUCUUCCCCAUUGAUGAUUAAGGGUGUUUUGGAACAAUCGAAGAGAUUUCAGAUAGACCCAGAUGGUUUUUUUAAGAGUGUGGAGGUUUUGAGGGGUUUAGGUUUUAUUGAUGGCACCGUUAGUAAGGUUUUAGAGGGCUUCCCAGGAGUGAUUUUGAUGAAUGGGAAGGAGAUUCAAAGGAGACUCGAAUUCUUGGCCGGAAUUGGAAUUCCAAGGGAUGGAGUUGAUAGGGUUCUUCGUUCUUUUCCAGGGUUUAUAGGAUUUGGGGUUGAAGAUAGGCUGAAGCCAUUGCUUUAUGAGUUUAAAGAUUUCGGCUUUAGUGUGGAUGUGAUUAGCAGAGAGAUAAUUAAAGAGCCAAGAAUCCUUAGCAUGGAGUUGGGUGAAUUCUCGCAGUGUUUGGAAUUCUUGAGGACUUUGAAAUGUAGGGUACCAAUCAAGGAGAAGAUUUUCAGUGAGGGAGAAUUUAGAGCUGGGUUUGAAGUGAAACUGAGAGUCGACUGCUUGUGCAGAUACGGGUUGAUUCGUAGAGAGGCUUUUGAGGUGUUGUGGAAGGAACCAAGGUCAAUUAUAUAUAAGGUGGGGGAGAUUGAGAGAAAGAUUGAGUUUUUAAUUCGUAGGAUGAAAUUCAAUAGUCGUUGUUUGGUUGAAGUUCCAGAGUAUUUGGGUGUGAAUUUUGAGAAGCAAAUAAUUCCUCGGUACAAUGUGAUCGAGUAUUUGAGAUCAAAAGGGGGGCUCGGUUAUGAGGUGGGGUUAAAGGGUCUAGUCAAGCCUAGCAGGCUUAGAUUCUAUAAUCUGUAUGUCAAGCCAUAUCCGGAUUGUGCAAAAAUGUUUGGGAGAUUUUCAGGAGAUGUUAAAGUUCAAAGCCGGCAUCCUGUUGGACUAUGGAAACUUUUCAAGCCACAAAGAUAUCCAGAAUCCAAAGAAGAUGUGAAGAACACAAAGUUAUUUAUGGAAUCUCUGGGUUAGUGUUGCACUGAUUGUGAGCAAUUCUUCAUCGUUCAAGUUGAGGAUUUCACCAGGUAGCCUUUUGCGUCUGUAAUCUGAAUGGAUGCAAUAAUUGUUGGUGGCAUGAAGUGUCUUCUGCUGCAUGAAGGGCAUACUUGUUGGUAUACUUGCCUUUCAUGAUGCAUGUAGAAAAUUUUGGGAAAACUUAGUUUAGUGAAUCGAAAUCUGGAUAUGCAUUGCUGAUACAUGAAGCAGUUUCCUUUGUAUCAAUACUACUUCAAAAGAGAAGAAGCGGCAGUUUUUGCAUAGGCGGGCAGUUGAUCGAAUGGCUGCCUGCCAGUAUCUUUGGCAGAAAAAUUAUACAACAUGCACGUACCAAGCAUCCAGUGAUGUGAUAUGUGUUUUUUGCAAGUAACUUAGCUUUCUGAUUCCUAUUGAUUGCAUUACAUUGUCAGAAUUGAUCUUUGACUUGUAUUAAUAAUCAUGAGUUUCGCCACGGAAGACAAGACCUAGAAUGAAGAAGCUAGUAGCGGUGGGGCAUACAACAAUAAUGUUCACUUAUACAAGCUCAAUCAACAUUGUUGGAUUUGGCUACCAUGAUUGGCUGUUAAUGGUCCAUGAAUCGCAAGGGAUAUCAGGAAGAUAAGGUAUGCAACAGCUUUGAUGUUGGGAUACCUCUUGAAAACCUGGCUUUGCAAUUGAAGGAGGAACUGGGGGUUUAGAGGAAUUGAAUAGAUUUGCAGGGCUUUGAAUGUUUUGCUUAGUCAAGGAAGUUAUAGGCAUAACAGCAUCAAACAGAUGUCCAGAACUUGCUGAUGGAAUGGUUGAGUGCAGCUAUUAUUGCCAUGGAUUCAUUUCUUGCACAUUGCAUUUGCAGAAUGUUGAUGUAGCAAACCCACUUGUAGCUUGACAGUUUUACCAACCUUGCGACUUUUUAAAACUCAACUCCAUGUAUGUGAUGUCUCGAUAAUUGAAUCUUAAAGUUCGUUUUGCCAGGAAGUUACCUUUUGUUAUCACCGUUCACUGCGUAUGAACCUGAUAAAGACUCGUUAUCAUAUUGAA